AUGGCCGGCAAUAACGAAGAUCCCUCGUCAUUAGACGCUGCAAUUCUCAAGAAAAACGACAUCUCCGUCAUUCCUCCUUCCAGAAACACCGUCCCUCGAGACGGUGUCACAGCAUCCCCUUCCCCUAAAGAUCUCCAAGAUGAUCAAUCUCAUCGCUUCGAAGAUACAAGCGGGAAGGACACCCACGAAGAAAGUCUGGGCAACCCUUUCCUCCCAAAAGGGCAGACUCCUCCGGACCAGACCAUAAACACUGUUCUAGCUGCUCUUGCCCAGAACAAUGCGCUCUUGCAACAGCAAAGUAACCGAAUCGGGGCCCUCGAACAGAAGCGCCGUUCAAGAACUCCCCCCGAUCACAAAACUCGUUCUCGAAGCGAAAUGUUGACCAAGAAACGUCCACGUUCCCCUUCUCCCAAGAAGAAUGGGGAUCCCUCUUCCAAGAAAGGAUCGAGCGAUCAGCGUUCCCACCACCAUUCACAGUCCCCUCGGCCAAGAAGGAAAUCUAGAUCACCCUCGGGCAAACACGACGACAAUCGGAGGUGA